GUUAUCUGACUCUAUUCAGAAAGAGAUCUUCAUGGGGCUUAUGGGCCACGAACUGGCACCCGCUAGACAUGCUUGGUCGCAUUUUGCUCCAAUUACAGUAGUUGGAAGUUGGAACUACAACUACCCACCUUGACACCUUGUAUAUGUGUGUGCGUGUCCUAAAAUCAUAAAUGGGCCAUCCAUUGUUUAUAUUAGAGGAGGUAUUGUUUAGCCCAAUAUUCUCUCAGGUUAAUCUUUACUUACUCAGCCCAAAUCGUCCAUCAAACUCAGCCCAUCUCUACUCCACUCUGAACCCUGAAGUUCAUCUUUAAAAUACACAAAACCCUAACCUCAAACUGCUAGCUAUCCUCUCUUCAACCCUAAAUCACACGCGUACUGCUUGUUCACACUGCACUGAUCUGAUAGUGAUAACCAACAGCAACUUGCAGGUUUACCUCCCCUUCUUCAACUGUCACCGUCUGUCCAUUAUGGCAGCCCUUCCAACACCAUCUGGUUUUAGCCCCAAAACCGUGGAGAAAGCUGUGAACGCUCUCCUCAAAUGGAGAUCAUCCAAAUUGAAUACCCAAAAGCCUCAACUACUGGAACAUGACGAGUUUGUCUACCUUAUCUUAACCCUCAAAAAGAUCCCACAUAAGGGUGUCAGCCGCAUCAACGCCCACAAAAUCCCUCUCCCUUGCCCCCUAACCAACCCUCUAACUGAAGCCCCUGAGCUCUGCUUAAUCAUCGAUGACAGACCCAAAUCAGGCCUCAAUAAAGAUGCUGCCAAGAAGAAGGUUCAAAACGACAACAUAUCCAUCUCCAAAAUCAUCAAGAUUUCCAAGCUCAAGACCGAUUACCGUCCUUUUGAGGCCAAGAGGAAACUCUGUGAUUCUUAUGAUAUGUUCUUUGCUGAUAAAAGGGUGGUUCCUCUCUUGCCUAAGAUGUUAGGGAAACAGUUUUUUAAGAAGAAGAAGAUUCCGAUGACUUUGGACUUGAAGCACCAAAAUUGGAAGGAGCAGAUUGACAAGGCGUGUGGGUCUGCCUUGUUGUUCCUGAGGACUGGAACUUGUAGUGUGGUGAAGGUAGGGAGGGUUUCGAUGAGUAGAGAGGAGAUUUCCAAAAAUGUGAUGGCUGCUGUUAAUGGGAUCGCGGAGAUUGUGCCCAGGAAGUGGGGUGGUAUUAGGUCUUUCCAUUUGAAGUUGCUUGAUAGCCUGGCUUUGCCUGUUUAUCAGGCAGUUCCUGAUUUGAAGUUGAAGAUUGAUGGUAGUGCAAAAGAGCAGGAGGAGGAGGAUGUGGUCGCUGAGGAGGAAGAUAAGGUUAAAGAGGGGAAAAUUGGGAAAAAGAAGGGAAGGAUACAUGAGGUUAGAUAUAUGGAUAAUAACGAUGAUGGUCGGGUUGUUGAUGAGGAUGAAUUGGGGAGUGUCUUUGAAGGGGAUAUUGAUAACCAUGCUGAUUAUGAUGUUGAAAAGGGCAGUGAUGAAUUAUUGAAUAAGAAGAGAAAGAUGGGAGAUAAUGAAGGGAAAGGUGAGAAGAAGGUAGCUAAAUUGAAGAAAGAAGAUGGCUUCAAGCAAAAGAAAGCAAAGAAUGAAGAUGUUACCAAGCAAAAGAAGAUAAAGAAAAAGGCUUUGGCUUUAGAGAGUGGGGGAAUGCAAGUGAAGGAUAACAACAAGAAGAAAAGAUUGGCUGCAUAAUGAUUGAAUGCCGCUUCCUGGAGAGUCGACACAAGGAAAUUUGCUGCUUGCUUAAUUUGGAGAGAAUCAGUGCAUGGUUGUAUGCCUGUCCUUCUAGCAGAUUUGGUCUGAGGUUUUAAUUAUGAAAAUGCUCUCAUGGUAAUCUGGUGGGAGUAAAUAUAAUUUCAGAAAGAAAAGACAGCCGCAGAAGAACAAGAAAAAAAAUACUUUCAGAAAGAAGAAGAGGAAGGCAAUAUUCAUUAACACUUUCCAGGUAAGGCAUGGUUAAGCUACUGUCUUCCACUAUCUACACGUUAAACUCUGUUGCUUAUUGGGCUUGGAAACAUUUCAGAUCUUGUACAUAUCAGAAAAGAAGCUGAUAAGCAGAAAUUACGGACUUCGAUUCCCUAAAUUCUGGUAAAAAAUAUGCACAGAAAAGAAAGAAGGGAUUGAAACUUCCUGUAGAUUCAGCAACUGAAAGUAUUUGUGACUUGCUAAUAUGAGCCAAAAAAACAACAUUCUGAAAAUGAAUCAAUGCUCCCAUUUAAAACACCCAUGACUUGUCAGUAAACAAUGCAACACAGAAGAAGAGAAAGAUUGCGAAACAUUUGAAUUGACUUUACAUUUGUCACAAACACAGUUCUCAUCUUGGUAUCUUCUUCUGCAUGAAUUUUUCCAUCUGCAAAUGCACAAGGUAAUAAAAUUUAAUGCAUGAAGAUAUCCACUAAGAACAAUGGAAAACUCAACAAUCAUUGUCAACUUGUCAAGCAAGAUAAAAAAGGAGGAUGAUCUUUAUUAUUUGAAUCUAGAAAGCAGAAGGGAAAUCUUGGAGAUCCAUAUAAGAUGGCAAAACACCAAGUUGUAAUCCUAAACCAGCUGGGCUCAGCUUAAUUAGAUGAUAGAUUGGAAUCAGCCACUGAAACAUUGAAACCAAAAAAUCUACACUUUGACAUUAUUAUGGAACUCUUUAUUUAAAAUGAUUCUCCUAAAUUAAUAUAAGACCACAUCGUUCAUGAAGAUACAAGUUGCAUCACCAAUGCAGAAUUAAUUUGAAUGGAAAAUCAGACAUGGUGUGCAUUUAUUUCCUAAUCUAUGAAAUGUGUUCAUUCUUUACUCAUGUUAGAUCCCAGAUUGCUCCUAAGGAAAAGAAAAGUGCAGCAUACACAGGUCAAAAGUGUUCAGGUUCCCCUCUUCAAAAUUAAUCAGCUUCCACCCUCCAUUCUCCUUUCCUUUCUUACAAAGACAGGCAUCUAUUCCAUUUUCAUUGCCCUAUCUCUGUGCAUAGUCUUUUUUUUUCUUUUUUUCUUUGAGGUGCCAUGUAAAGGCUCUGUGUGUGUGGUGCAGGAGAAGUGAUCAAGUUAUGGAAAUAACCUACCGGAACAUGACAGUAAAUUGGACUUUCCAUCUUUCUCCAUCUCAACUUGCUUUAACCGAAGCUUAGACAUUUCCAAUUCAAUUUUAUGUAGUUUCUGUUUCACAUCUAGCACUUCCUGCAAAACAAAAGGCUUUCAAAGCUUCGACACACUGAUCACAUGUUCUCAACGUAUUUUAGGGGAGUGAGAUAAGAAGGAAAUCGACAUUUAGAAAAGUAAAAUCCUCUCUUAGUUGCUGUUUCCCAUAGCCUAAAGCCAGACCUCAACACUCAUGCAGCAUUUAUCACCAAUUAGCAACGGUUUUGAAGGCAGUAACAUACCGAGAUCAAAUUUGGAGUAGCUUUAGAAUCUUCUUUUAUCAUAUUUGACCUUUUAGAAAAUUGUGAAAAAUCUAGGCACUGAAGCUCCUUCCUGCUACAGCCAGCCAAAGCAUCCUGAUCAUCCAGUUAUUGCAUACAAGAUGGCAUAUAAAUUGGCUGCAUAUGUGGCACCUGAUGUGGAGGGUUGUGGAUUUCUAAAAGCUGGUUCCCUUCUGGGUAUAAGCUGAUUAAAUAGCAUGUUGCAGCUACUAUGGACGAUCUGCUGUACAAUGAGGCAAUGCUCAAGUUAAACUAGAAACUGUAGAGAAGAAGCCAGAAAAGCCAAAUAAAAGAUGUGGCUACACCAACCUUCGUUGCUUUAUCAAUACACUGAGAAUUUUGCUUUGCAUUGGAAGAGCUUUCUUUCCUCAAAGAUUCAUUUGCCAAGGAAUUAUAAAGAACAUUCUCAGAAGCACCAAUCUUUCCGUGACGCUCAGUCUUGCAAGACCGUGACAAUACUUUUUUUGAAUUGAUCUCAGAUGAUGGAGAAGAAAAACUUUGAACUUUUUCAAAGUCUUCAGCAAGUUGACCGUGAUUGACGUUACAGAAGUUAGGAUCAGAAGUAGUUGGCAACUGGCGCAUCUGAUCAUCUUUGAUCUGCAAUUAGGAAAAAAUAUCAAAUCAAAUUCCACUACUUGGAUCCAUGCAUGAUGAUUAAACACAUAGAUUAUGUAAUACAAGUGGGAUUACCACAAAAGCAUCCAUAGUGCUACUAUCAUGGCCAUGACUCUGAAAGCCCUUCAAUUUGUUGAUCUUGGAAUCCUUAGCGCAUGGAGUGGUGAUAUUGACAUUCUUUGCAUC